CUGUAGCGCAAUGAGUCGCGCCGCGCUCCUGGCGGGGCUGCUCGCCCUAGCGACGCUAGCACAAGGACACGAUGAGUACCACCGGCAGGGCGCGCCGCGAGCGCGGGCCGAGGCGGGCGAACGGCUGGCCGACCCCGCGGAGCUGCGGCCAGAGCACUGGGCGCAGGACGCGGCCGCCGCCACGCUGCGGCGCCUGGCGGCGGGCGCGGCGCGCGGCGCCGGCGUGGCGCGGAACGUCGUGCUGUUCCUCGGCGACGGCAUGUCCGGCGCCACGAUGGCCGCCGCCAGGGCGCACCUCGGCCAGCGCUCCAACCGCACUGGCGAGGAGACCGACCUCUACUUCGAGACCUUCCCCACCGUCGGACUCGCUAAGACAUACUGCGUGGACGCGCAGAUCGCGGACUCUGCGUGCACGGGCACGGCGUACCUGUGCGGCGUGAAGGCCAACCGCGGCACGCUGGGCGUGUCGGCCGCCGUGGCGCGUGGCCACUGCCGCGCCGCCGUCGGCAGCGACCACCACGUGGACUCCAUCGCCGCCUGGGCGCUGCAGGACGGCCGCGAUGCCGGUAUCGUGACGACGACGCGCGUGACGCACGCGUCGCCCGCGGCCGCGUACGCGCACUCGGCCGAGCGCGACUGGGAGAGCGACACCGACGUCGCCGACGCCUGCGCGGACACGCCCGCUGAACACAGGCAGGACGACAUCGCCAAACAGCUCGUUCACUCCUUCCCUGGGAAUCAAUUUAGAGUGAUACUGGGCGGCGGUCGACGGGAAUUUUUGCCAAACACGACCUUGGACGAGGACGGGACCCCGGGGCGGCGCUCGGACGGGCGCGACCUGAUCGCGGAGUGGCGCACGGCGCAGGCGGCCCGCGGGCGCCGCGCGCAGUACGUGAGUGACCUGGCGCAGCUGCGGGCCGCCGCCGACGCCGCGGCGCCGCCCGACGCGCUGCUGGGGCUGUUCGCCGCGUCGCACCUGCCCUACCACCUGCAGGCCGCGCCCGGCGACCCGUCGCUGGCCGACCUGACGGAGGCCGCCAUCCGCGUGCUGGCGCGCAACCCGCGCGGCUUCUUCCUGUUCGUGGAGGGCGGCCGCAUCGACCACGCGCACCACGACAACCUGCCGCGGCUGGCGCUCGACGAGACCGUGGAGCUGGCGGCCGCCGUGGAGCGCGCCGCCGCGCUGCUCGACGAGCGCGACUCGCUGCUGCUCGUGACGUCCGACCACGCGCACGUCAUGACCUACAACGGCUACGCGCGGCGCGGCGGCGACGUGCUCGGCCCGUCCGACGAGGUGGACGCGCGCGGCGUACCUUACAUGACGCUCUCGUACGCCAACGGGCCCGGCUUCCGCCCCCACGUCGCCGAGGGGCUGCGCGACGACCUCACCCGAUACGACUACACCGCAGCGGAGUUCCCGUUCGAGGCGGGCGCGCCGCGCUCGUCGGAGACGCACGGCGGCGACGACGUGGCCGUGUUCGCCCGCGGGCCGGCGCAUGCGCUGCUGGCGGGCCUGCAGCAGCAGAGCCACGUGCCGCGCCGCGCCGCCGCCGCCGCCUGCCUCGGCCCGCCGCCGCACGCGCCCGCCUGCCGCCGCUGGCGGCGCGGCGCCGCCUCCUCCGCCGAUCCAUAG